UCGGUGGCGUGUUUCCACUUAUUGUUAGAACAAAAUCUUGUGCCAUUAAUCUGGGAUGAUGAAAGGCCACUCGCGCAAUUCCGCAUUGCGCGCAGGAGGGGAUAGAUGGUGUGCUCAGCCGUGCCUGUCCUGAGUGCUUUGAUAUACGGGGAUUCUUCCUCGUUCACACUCGUGUUUUUAUCUCACCCAGAAUGUCGAUCCCUGUGAGCACUACCCGGGAGCAGCCAACUUCGACAGCGGACGGCGACUUUAGUCGGUCUGUCUCUUCAUUGUCUUUUGUCGGCAAAAAAAGUUCUUCUCUGUCCGCUGAUGUAGCAAAGAAUGAAGACCUGGUGAACGAGGAGGAGGAACAGUUCACAUGGACAAAGGCUAUCUUUCGUCGAAAACAGACAACCCCCGCUGACCUUGAUGCCAUCGCGACCAGGCGCUCUGCUUUUGACGAUCCUGAACUUGCGCCACACUACUUGCCCAAGAAGGACUAUGAGAAUCUCCACAGAUUCGACCCAACCGCUCGUUGGACGUACCGGGAGGAAAGGGCCCUGGUUCGCAAGAUGGACUGGAAGAUCAUGAUCAUGGCAGCUAUAGGAUUUUCGGCUUUGAACUUGGACAGGAGCAACAUCAACCAGGCAAACUCGACCACUUUUUUGUCAGAUCUUGGAUUGACUACAAACGACUUCAACCUCGGAAAUACCGUGUUCAAGUUGGCAUUCUUGUGCGCAGAACUUCCGUCACAGCUUGUCUCGAAGCGGGUUGGGCCAGAUCGGUGGAUACCAACGCAAAUAUGCCUCUGGAGUUUCGUGACUCUCUCGCAGUUCUGGCUGACCGGAAGGACCUCAUUUCUCGUGUGCCGCGCGUUAAUUGGCGUCCUGCAAGGCGGCUUUAUUCCCGACCUUAUAUUAUAUCUGUCGUAUUUUUACACGAAGACGGAGCUACCCAUCCGCCUUGCCUUCUUCUGGAUGUCUACGAACUUCUGCAGCAUCAUCGCCAGUUUUAUUGCCUAUGGUACACUUCACCUGAAUGGAGUGGCUGACAAGGCUGGGUGGCGGUGGCUGUUCAUGAUUGAGGGCCUUCUCACUCUCCUCAUAGGAUUCUUCACUUUCUUCCAGAUGCCUCCAUCACCAACGCAGACCAAAACGUGGUUCCGGCCUAAUGGCUGGUUCACGGAAAGAGAAGAAGUUAUCAUCGUGAACCGAGUGCUUCGGGAUGAUCCUUCUAAGGGCGACAUGCACAACCGCGAGGGUCUUACGUUGCAUCGUCUUUGGACAGCAAUGUGCGAUUAUGACCUUUGGCCAGUUUACAUCCUCGGCCUCAUGUUUGGCAUCCCGAGCGCUCCCCCGGCGACAUACCUCACUUUACUGCUUAGAAACAUCGGUUUCAACACAUUCAACACCAACCUCCUCACGAUACCCUCUCAAGCUCUCGGGAUUGUCACCAUGUUUUUGAUCACCCUUGUCUCAGAGUACGUCGACGAGCGUUCGAUUGUUUCCAUGAUGGAAGACCUCUGGACGCUGCCUUUCCUCGUUGCGCUCUACGCGUUACCUGACAACCCUAACCCUUGGGUAUUCUUUGCUCUUGUGACUGGUCUGUUGUCAUAUCCAUACACCCACCCAAUCCAGGUAGGAUGGUGCUCUCGUAACGCCGGGGCUGUAGCAAGCCGCACAGUGAACGCGUCUUUAUACAACAUGUUCGUGCAAGCCAGCGGUAUCAUUUCCGCGCAGAUAUACGUGGCCAGCGAUGCUCCUAGAUAUCAACGCGGCAACAAGAUCCUCAUCAUUAUCUGUUGCGUCAACAUCUGUGUCUUAUACCCAGCUACGAAGGCGUAUUACGUCUGGCGCAACCGACAGCGAGCUAAAAUUUGGGACGCGAUGACGUCAGAGGAACGUGGGCACUAUCUGAGCACAACCACGGAUGUCGGAAACAGAAGACUUGAUUUCCGUUUUGCGCAUUGAUAGCACAUUUAUCUUUCCUAAAGUUCAAUAUUUGGAGGUGAUAGAUGUUCAGAGAAAUGGUGAAUAAUCACGCGAAAUCCACGAGGGGUAGAAACGCAU